UAUUUAAAAAAAUAUAAAUAAAUGUCAGUCGUCAACGCAAUUUGUUAUUGUUUUGUAUUUUAUUUAAAAUGAAAAAACAUAAAGAAAACCUAUUUUCCACAAAGUUUCGCUUAUUGAAUUCGCAAGAUUAUUCAGAAGAGAUAAUCUGGUCGUCAAGUGACUCCAGCGAGUUCGAAGAUGUCGACAACAAAGCGAAUUUCAAUAACAUAACCAACAAGAAACUAAAUCGUAAAAGAAAACGCAAAUCGAAGGUUCCCAGCAACGUUUCUAACUUAGAUAUCACUAUAAUUGACGUGACUAAAGACAUUGAAGGUGAUAAAUCGCCAGUUUUAACUAGUAAAACUAAAUGUAAGCUGAUUGAAAAUGUUCUUGAUAAGACGUAUUCGAUACCAAAAUCAGCUGAAUAUAACAACAGUAUAGCUAAUCUGACGUCGCCUGUACUGUGUACUGGUACACAGAGAGCUAUUAGCAUGAAGAGUCCUGUAAUAGCUCAGAAGUUUGCAUCACCCGUUCACAGUCCGAAGGUGAGAAAAACAUUAUUUAGUGACAGUAAGAAUGAUAAUAUAAUCCAAACAGAGAAAAGAAGUAUUUCUCCUGUACUUAGUCACUAUUUUCCACGUGACCGAAGAAAAAUGCAAGAUAACAUUAAGAUAGAAAUUGAAGAUACUCCAAUAUUAGAAACACAGAAUUCUAUACAACUAGAAGACAGACAUAGUAAUGAAAGCUCAAAAAGUUCUAGUAAUGUGGAUUUAAUCAAGAAAAUUAAAUCAUUCUUUGAUAAUCAGUUUAGUUCUGAAAAUUGUUCGCAAGUUUCAAUUGCCAAUACUCCUACGCCGCAGAAUACUUCUAAUGAUGAUGGAGAAAUAAUAUCUGUAACUCAAAUGACUUCAAAUGAAAGUAGCGUAAAAACAAUAAAACACACGAACUCCACAGACAAUUCGAUAAUAGAAGCAGAAAAAUCUAAGAAAAUAAGGUAUAAGAAAGAUGGCCUCGCAUACAGACUUUGUUCACUUUUAAAAAAACAUAAUGCUAACAUUUCUCUAUGGCAACACGAAAGGUUCCUGGCUGAUAAUUCCAAUUUCAAAAUACCCAAAGGUGAGCACUUGGUGUUCCGAAUUCAAAAAGUCGAAUAUAAAUAUGGAAGCUACUUACUGGACACUAUGGAUAUAAAUGAUGAGGUGUUUUUAAUUUUGAUUAACAAUAGUUAUGUAAAUAAUUGUGUUUUUAAUGUAGAUAGUGUUUUAAAGUUGUAUGAGCCUUAUCAAAUAUUUAAUUUUGGUGAAAAAAGUUUAAUUGUGAAUGUUUGUAAAUUUGAAUGUAUUACUAUAGAUUUAUAAUUUAAGUUUAUGGCUAUGUUACCUUACUGUACCUACCUCACAGCCAAAGUUACAACUUACUAGGGUCCAGUACUAUGUGAUGUGAUUGUUAUUAGUAGGGAAUGCAAAUCGGUUAUUUUUUGUAUGGAAAUAAUCGGUUUUUAACCGAAACCGCGGUUAUUUCCAUACAAAAAAUAACCGAUUUGCAUUCCCUAGUUAUUUAGCUUUCCUUAACAUGUAAAUAUUUAUGAAUGCAUUUGUAAUUAUGUACAUAAAACCACUUGAAUUGAGAA